GGGGAAGCUGCUCCAAGCUGGGGAAGCUGGCCAUGGCAUAGGUCCCAACACGACUAGUCUGAGCGCUCUGUGCGGAGAAGGCGCAUGGCGUCAAGACCGACAUCGCUCCUUUCAUCGCGCGUUGCUGCUUCACAUUCCCCUCGAGCCGUUAUCUCUCGCCUUUCGUCUCUCGUCCCUUACCUCAAAUCCGGGAGCAGUCUUUGGCCACAAUCCUUACACCUAAAUCUGACAUAUCGCGUAGACCAUUGACUGCCAUCACACGCAUCUACUUCAGACAUGACGCCCUCACUUCGAGUCGUUCCCAACGCCGCAUCUCGUGCCGUCUCCCUUCUGCGGACGAUCCAGGCCCAUCCCCCGUCAUGCCCGUGUCACACCAACCCUGGCCACCACCACCACCAUAACCCAUUGAACUUCACCCCGCGGCCCUUGCGAACAAGGAACAGCAGCCGCGGCUUUGCCACACCGGUGGAUGGAACUCAGAAGGAGUAUGCUUUCGAGAUGGCAGCCUCCUCUAUUCGCUUCGGCCCGGGCUCUACGCAGGAGGUCGGCAUGGACUUCGCCAAUAUGGGCGCCAAGCGCGUCGCUGUGGUCACCGACCCUGUCAUCGAUGGUCUCUUCGCCAUGCAGCAGGUCCGCGAAGCCCUUGAAAGCGAGGGAAUUAACUACAAGGUCUACAAUCAGACCCGCGUCGAGCCCAAGGACAGCAGCAUCCGCGAAGCCAUUGACUGGGCCCGUCCCUUUUCUCCGGACGCCUUCUUGGCCGUCGGUGGCGGCUCCGUCAUUGACACUGCCAAGCUGAUGAACUUGUACUCUUGCUACCCAGACGCCCCCUUCCUUGACUUUGUCAACGCGCCCCUCGGCAACGGACGUCCCGUAGAUAAAGCGCUAAAGCCCCUUAUCGCCGUGCCCACUACCGCGGGAACCGGCUCCGAGACCACGGGCACCGCGAUCUUCGAUCUUGUCUCUAAGCGCGCCAAGACGGGCGUCGCCCACCGCAACCUCAAGCCCACGCUUGGCAUCUGCGACCCGCUCAACACUCGUACCAUGCCCGCCGCCGUCAAGGCGGCCUCGGGCCUCGAUGUGCUCUGCCAUUCUCUUGAGUCCUGGACUGCCAUCCCCUACCACGAGCGUGUGCCCCGGCCCAAGAAUCCCAUUUUGCGGCCGGCAUACCAGGGCGCCAACCCCAUCAGUGAUGUCUUUUCCUUCCACGCGCUGAGGGCUACAGUCAAGUACCUUCCCCGUGCCGUCAAGAACCCAGAUGAUUACGAGGCGCAGAGCGAGAUGCUUCUCGCUGCGACGCUGGCUGGUGUUGGAUUCGGUAACGCCGGCGUCCACCUCUGUCACGGCAUGUCCUACCCCAUUUCGGGUCAGAACCCAGGAUACCAGCAUGCUGGCUACAAGGUUUCCUACCCCAUCAUCCCCCACGGUGUCUCCGUUGCCGUCACCGCACCCGCCGUCUUCCGCUUUACAGGUGCCUCCAAUCCGGAGCGCCACCUGCAGGCCGCCGAGGUCUUUGGUGUAGACAUCUCGCGUGUCCGCAAAGAGGACGCCGGCGCGGUGCUCGCUGACGCGUUGACAAAAUUCCUCGCAGACCUCGGUGAUCAGCCGGCGGGCAUCAAGGAGCUGGGCUUUGGCACUCAGCACCUGGAUGAUCUGGUGGAGGGAACGAUCCCUCAGGCCAGGGUGUUGAUGUUGGCGCCGGGAUUGGAGACGGAGUUGGAGAAGGAGAGGGAGCAGUUGAGGGGCUUGUUUGAGGAUGCUUUGGUGCACUCAUGAUGUUGGUGAGAACUGUCGAGAACUGCAGAGCAUGGGAGCCGGAUAUGAUCACGAGAUCUUGGGUAACGAGAAAGGAGAGCUGGCUUACGUUGCGUUGUCCUGCUUGGGCUGCGGUGCUGAGGACUGGUACCAGGGAACUCUUGUGCUAACAUUUCAUCACGCAUUAUCAAAAUGAUCGACCCCGAAACUGA